AUGCCCCGCCUGCUGCCGGCCCUGCUCGCCCUGCUCUGCUUCGGGCCGCCGCCGCCCGCCCAGAGGGCUCCGCUCGCCGAGGCCGCGGCGCAGCCGGAGCCGGAUGAGCCGUGGUGCCCCUACAAGGUGCGGCCCGAGGGCUCGGCGAGCGGGCGGCUGUGCUUCCGCAGACCGGCCCUCGGCUUCCAGUGCGCGGCGCGCUCCUGCCGCGCCCACCGCUCCCCGGGCGGCGCGCUGGUGGCCAACGUGCUGCGCAACGGCAGCGUGCUGCUGCAGUGGGCGCCGCCGCGUCCCGGCAACGGCCUGCGCGGCUUCGCGCUCAACUGCUCCUGGGACGGCACCUACACGCGCUUCCCCUGCGACGGCGUGGAGCUGGGCGCCGCCUGCCGCGACUACCUGCUGCCCGAGGCGCACGGCGGCGUGCGGUACCGCCUCUGCCUGCAGCCCCGCUACGCGCCGCCGCGCCCCGCGCCGCCCGCCCACUGCGUGGAGUUCCGCGUGGAGCCGGCCGCCAUGCGGGACAUCGUCGUAGCCAUGACGGCCGUGGGGGGCUCCAUCUGCGUCAUGCUCGUCUUCAUCUGCCUGCUGGUGGCCUACAUCACCGAGAACCUGAUGAGCCCCGCCGCGCCGCGCCGCGCCUAG